AUGAAGGUCUUCUCUUCCAACUGCACUUUCGACUAUUCCUGGAAUGAAGUUUCGACCGCGAACUGGCGCAAGUACUGCCCAUGGAAUGACAAAUCAACUCAUGUCGUGGGGGUGGACACUUUGUCUCGAUCAGUCGACCCAUCGACUGGUAUCUUGCGUACGGAACGCCUGAUCACAUGUGAUCAGUCUGUGCCACAAUGGAUACUAUCAUUGUUUGGGGGGAACGCUACAUCUCAUGUCUACGAGAUUUCCUAUGUUGAUCCAAUCGCGAAGAAAGUCACAAUGUGUUCCACCAAUCUUACUUGGUCCAACGUCCUCAACGUUCAAGAAACUGUGAUAUACCGACCUUCGCCGUCAAAGGCAAAUUCCACCGAUUUCAAUCAAGAAGCCAAAAUCACUGCGCUUUGUGGUGGCUGGCAGAAGAUCAAAAACAAGGUAGAGGAGGCAAGUGUGGAAAGGUUCAGUCAAAACGCCAAGAGAGGACGAGAAGGCUUCGAGGCGGUACUCGAGAUGAGUCGACGUGUCUUCGGCGAACAACGUGAGCACGAAAGAAAGCAGCUCCAGUCGUGA